AUGGCGCUGGGGGAGUCUGUUCUGUCUGUGCUAUUGGAUGCUGAGCACACAAUCGAAGAGAAUGUAACCCACUACCUAGUGUUCUCUGGCUCCAGUCAACAUCAUUUAAUCAGCACACAGAGGAUAGAUCAGAAAACAUUGCAGACUGUCGCUCCUGCUCACAACUGCUGUGAGACGGUGAAAGUUGUGCUGUGUGCCUCCAAGAAAGGAUUUCCCAUUUCUGUGCUGGCAGAAGAGAAUUUCCAAUAUGUCCAGGACACUGUGUAUGACAUGGCACAGUUCUUGGUGAGCAGUGCUGGAUCUCAAGAAGCACUCAACGCUAUUAGGAUAAUGGAUAACUUUCGCGAAUCCUCCGACAAUGUGGCAUUACUGGAUAAAAAUCUGACUUUGGAGGUGCAACAUCUGCUGCUACCAGCCACGUGGAAUGUGCUGGGUCCAGAUCCCACGUUGCCAGGUUCCAUCCCACGGGAAACCUUGAUGCAUUUUGCAGCGCGGCUGGGUUUGUCCAGGCUAGCUUCGUUCCUACUGCAGCAACCAGGUGGACAGGAGGCUCUUGGUAUCACUAACCUUGACGGUGCGACACCCGUUCAUCUGGCAGCACAGCGAGGUUUCCAUGAUCUCCAGGACCUUUUUACCCAGCAGAAGCCUGAUGCGGCGUUAGCAGGGGACGUAACACCAAUUGUAUCCUCGGAAGACUGUUCUGUGCGCUACCAACGGCACUUGAAUGUUUACAUGUAUACCAUCAAUAACCCCCAGGGAGUAGAGCUCAACAGUGUGGAACACAACAUCAGUGAACUGCAGAGAUAUAUCCAGUCUCACAGAUGUGAAAUGGAUACACUUUCCAUGCCAUCCAAUCGGUCGUCACAGGCUGAACUGCCACAACCUGGUGAACGUGUUGAAAAUUUAAGAACUGAGGAGUGUUGUAAAGCCAAUACUGGAAACACCAUUGCACAAACGCCGAUUGAAAUGCCCGCCGAACACUCAGCUUGCCUACGGGAGGACACACCAACUGAUGAAGUGGUGACUGAUUCGUGUCCUGAGGGGAUGCAUUCUGAGAGUCAAGAAAAUAUCACUGAAGACAGCAUUAUUGAUACAAAAUUAGAGGAGAAAGCAGCCAGUUGUGAAGAUACAUGCACAAACCUGGAGUGUGAAGGACAACAGGAGGAGUCUGUGUUGAUGAUAGAGUCUGAAGAUAUAGCAAGGAAAAGUGUACUUGUGCAGAGUGCAUCUAAUGGGGACUGUGGUGGCAGCAGUGUGUACUGUGACGAAGCUUCUGUGGAAACUUUAGGACCAUCUGAAGAUUUACCUCACAAUCAAGGGUGUGCUGUCAAAGAAGAUGCUUGUCAAGGGGAGAUGAUGGACAAUAUGUUGAUUGUAAAUGAUGAUAGUCCUGAUGGUGAAACAAUAGACUCCAAGAAAAAUCUUGAAGUAAAGGUGGAGCCUAUUCCUAUUGUGGAAAGUAAGCUAGAAAACGUUAAAAACUGUGUUGAGUCGGUCACUGAUGAAAAUGUCUUGAAUGAUAAUGGUGGAUCAACAGAGGGAUUUCCCCAGGUGACAGAUGGUUAUGCAAUAGAACUGAAUAAUGGAAGUCCUCCACUCCCUGAACAGAUUGCAGAAGUGAAGGUAGAUAUGGAGUCGAGCAAAGAUGAGUCCAGUGCAGAUAUUGAUGUCAGCAUAACUAAUGAAACUAAUGAGACUAAUGCUGAAGCUCGCUUUGAGGUGAAAAAUGAUUCUUCUGACCAAAUGUUUGCAAAUUCACAAGACUUGAUUCUCAAUUCCAAUGAGAAAUGUGAAGGAGUAAACAGUGAAAUGGCUGUAGAGGAACAGUUUGUGCAGAAUCAGGAAGUGUCAGAUAUGUUGCAGUCACUGGAUGAUGUUGAGGAAUAUGAACAAACUUGCUGUACAUCAGAAGUGGUACACUUAAAUGUAUUUGAAAGUGAACCUGAGCAAAAUGAUGAUGAGUUAGAAGUGGACUGUCUUUGUGAUGAUCAGUGGUCCCAACAGGUCGAUGCAUUAUUGGAAACUGCAUUAGAUUCUAACUUUGAAGAUCACGUUGUGCCAAUGGAAAUCCAAUCAGUAGUGGAUUUAAAGGAAGGAGCUUCUCAAAAUGAGUGUAUCAAAGAGUUAUCAUCAUCCAAAUGCAGCUCUGAUAAAGAGCCACCUUGGUUGUCGAUGACAAUGGAAUGUACAACUGAAGAUAAUGAAGAUGAUGGGCCCCAAGGAGCCAAAAGGACAUUGGACACCCUAACCAAACCAACUGAUACUGUUGCACAUCUCCAAAACCAGGAAAUGUUGCUCAGCAUAGUAGAGGAACCUGCUGAUUAUAUGGUGGACAGUUCUUCAGAUUCUGAGGAUCAGUUUCAACAAAAUGGGAAACCUUCAACUGUAGAUGAGGAAGAUUCCUGUGUAAUGGAAUGCAGUGGAUCAGGAAGUGAAGCAAAUGGCAAAAAUGAAGACAUUUUUCUUGGAAAUGAAAAAAUUAAUACCGUUUCUUUGGAUACAAAAGUGAUGCAGAAUUCUGCCGAUCGAAAAUUUAACAUAGUGCUGGACGCAAACGGGAAUUUAGAAACAGUCAGCUUUAAAGAAGAAGUACCAGAGGACGAAGAUGAUUGUGCCCAGAAACUGCCUGAGGAUCUUGCUGAGUUUGUCUCUGAACAGGUACUGCUAAAGAAGACUUCACAUUUGCGUUGUGUCCCAUGUGAAAAAUAAGUUUUUCAUAAUGAGGGAAAAAGAAGACAUGUGUGAGACAAAUUAGAU